CGUUUUAUAACCUACAAAAAAAUAAUUUCAUUUGAAUUUUCUACCCGCGUAGUCUUGCGUUAUGUGUUCAUAUCGUAUUAAAUGAAAACAUAUGUGAUAAAAGUUGUAAAAAAGAUCGAUUAGUGCCACGUAUGCAGUGAAAUAAGUGAAUUAUCUGUAAAUAACGCAGUUAUUAAUUAUCGGCGUUUUGGUUUCCAAUUCUAAUCGGUGACAAUGUCGCGCGACAGGUCGUCCCGCCGCUUCUACCGGGCGGAGUCCACGCACGACCUGCUCUCCUUUAUGGACCGAGGGCAAGCCGCGAUUGAGGAGAACAGAUGGACGUUUGAAACUGCUUGGGAAGCGGCUAACAAAGUCGGUGGUAUCUACACUGUUAUAAGAUCGAAAGCCUAUGUCUCAACUGAAGAAAUGGGAGAGAACUACUGCCUACUGGGGCCAUACAAGGAGCAUUGUGCAAGAACAGAAGUAGAAGAAGCCGAUUUUCCCCCGAAUUCUCCUCUCACUACCGCAGUUAACGCAAUGCGGAGUCAGGGAUAUAAGUUGCACACUGGUACGUGGCUGGUGGAUGGCAACCCUCAGAUCAUCUUGUUCGAUAUUGGAUCUGGUGCGUGGCAGCUGGACGGCUACAAGCAGGAGCUGUGGGACACCUGCAGUCUCGGUAUACCGCAUCUGGAUGUGGAGGCUAACGAUGCAGUUAUACUUGGAUUUAUGGUUGCACAGUUUGUCACUGAAUUUAGAAAAGCAGCUGAAAGUUACAGUGAUACUCCCCCACGAGUUGUGGCCCAUUUCCACGAAUGGCAAGCCGGCAUAGGACUUAUAGUUCUCAGAGUACGUCACGUAGACGUGGCCACAGUGUUUACGACACACGCCACACUAUUGGGCAGAUAUCUAUGUGCUGGCAACACUGAUUUCUAUAAUAACCUUGAUAAGUUCUCAGUGGACGAGGAGGCGGGAAAGAGACAGAUAUACCACAGGUACUGCAUGGAGCGUGCAGCUGCGCAUAUGACCCAUAUAUUUACUACAGUCUCUGAUAUUACAGGGUACGAGGCGGAACACCUCCUGAAGCGGAAACCAGACAUCAUCACCCCCAACGGUCUGAACGUAAAGAAGUUCUCCGCACUCCAUGAGUUCCAGAACCUGCACGCGCUCGCUAAAGACAAGAUACAUGAGUUUGCUAGAGGACAUUUUUAUGGGCACUUUAACUUCGAUUUAGACAAAACGCUAUAUUUCUUCAUCGCUGGUCGAUACGAGUACGGCAACAAGGGCGCUGAUAUCUUCAUCGAGGCACUUGCAAGGCUCAACCACUACCUUAAGUCAUCAGGUUCAGACACAACAGUAAUAGCGUUCCUGAUCUUCCCCGCGAAGACGAACAAUUUCAACGUGGAGAGUCUGCGCGGACAUGCUGUCACUAAAGCCCUGCGCGACACCAUACAAGAUAUACAGCAGAAAGUCGGCAAGCGGAUGUAUGACAUAUGCCUAAGAGGUCAUCUCCCGGAGGCUUCAGACCUCUUAAACAAGGAGGACACGGUACGUAUGAAGAGGUGCAUCUACGCGCUGCAGAGGGACGGCCUCCCGCCUGUUACUACGCAUAAUGUUGUUGAUGAUUGGAGUGAUCCUGUGUUGAACGCGAUCCGAAGAUGCCACCUCUUUAAUACAGUUAAUGACAAAGUUAAGGUGAUCUUCCACCCGGAGUUCCUGACGUCCACCAACCCCUUGUUCGGUCUGGAGUACGAGGAGUUCGUGCGCGGCUGCCACCUGGGGGUGUUCCCCUCCUACUACGAGCCCUGGGGGUACACCCCCGCGGAGUGCACCGUCAUGGGCAUACCCAGCGUCACCACCAACUUGUCUGGUUUCGGGUGCUUCAUGCAGGAGCACAUCGCGGACCCGAUGUCGUACGGCAUCUACGUGGUGGACCGCCGCUACAUCUCGCUGGAAGGCUCCGUGCAGCAGCUCGCGCAGUACAUGUACGACUUCACCAAACUAACUCGGCGUCAACGUAUAAUUCAACGGAACCGCACAGAGCGCCUCUCGGACCUCAUGGACUGGAGGAACCUCGGCAUUUACUACAGACAGGCGCGUGCGCAGGCUUUGAAGAUAGUGUACCCUGAUUACGUGGACCAGAUGGACAUCGAGCUGGGCAAGAGGUUCAACUACCCGCGCCCCAUCUCCGAGCCCCCCAGCCCCACGCACUCCAGAGCUACUACCCCCGCUGCUUCCGUCCAUGGUUCUGAUGAUGAAGACGAGGUAGACGAGGAAAAGGAACUUGCAGAGUUGAGGAUAAGCGAUAACUAGGUGAAAAUUAUCUAUACACACAUAUAUAGAGUAAAAAAAAAACGCAAAUAACAAUAUUUAUUUGUUUAUAUACAUAUUUCGUAUAUAAACUUCAUAAGAGUUUGUUUUGUAUAUGUAAUAUUUUAAUUUCAAUAAUAAACAUGGGUAAAAUAUUAAUAAUACUAAAAGAAUCAACAGAAUGAGUUACUUUGAACAAAAGUAAUAAUAAUAAUUUAUUUAUUGAGCUAAA